AAAAAGUCUUCAGUGGUGCUCGGACUAGCUAGUGUCUCUCAGCUCUCUGGAAAACGCUGUAAGGUUUUGUCAGUGACAAGUAAACUCAUGAAAGAAACCGGGUGACCGACAGUUUUAAAGCUGGAAUUUUGCUGCUGUUUUGUAUUUCGCUGUAAUUGUGUUUUUUAGAGAUUUUAAACUGGUUGGUUUGUGACGCAUAGUCGCCGGGAUUUCCUUUCAUCUCGAAGUUCCCAAGAUGAACUUCGGUCCGGUGGUCGGGAAACUUUCUGUGUUUGCGGCAGUGCUCCUCAUCGGGCUGGUUUGUCACGCAGCAGAACCUCCAGCAUCUCAGUGGUCCAGCGAUGACCCAACAAACAAUAACCUCACUCUUCGACAACACAGGACAUGUGUUGAGAAUGUGCAGUACCUCCACCAGGGACUCUGCUGCCUCAAUUGCCAGGCUGGAACCUUUGUGCAGAAGGGAUGUGAAAGAGACCAAGAACAAGGGACAUGUCUUAGCUGUGAGCACGGACAGACCUACACAGAGCACUCCAACGGAAUGAACCGCUGUUUGCCCUGUACACACUGCCGCUCAGAUGAGAUUCAAACUGCAUCCUGCACCACGACUACAGACACCAGGUGCCAGUGCAGAGCAGGGACCUUCUGUGUCCCGGAUCAGGCCUGCGAAGUCUGCAAACGCUGUGCCAAGUGUAAAUCAGGAGAGGAGGAGGUGAAGAAGUGCACUCCGUUCUCUAACACGGAGUGUCGGAAACGGGACCCGUCCCCAACCAAAACCUCCCCAGCCCUUCCUUCACCAACCCCUACUUCUGCGGACAUUGUUUAUCCUACAAUCAUUUCCCUGGGCAUCAUCUUCAUCAUUAUCAUCGUCCUCAUUAGCACGGCCGUGUGGUGGUUCGUAAUCAAGCAGCGUUCAUGGGAAAUACCAUGUUCAAAGAGCCCCUCUGAUUCCAGUGAAAUUGUGAAGAUUCCUAUUGAUGAGAGUGGAGCUACAGCAGAGGAGAGACAGAACAAUCAGAACGCAGGUUUGGAGGGGGAAGUGUCUCGCCCAGAGUCCCGGCCCCUGCUGCAGGAGACCCAGUCUGGCAUGACCAAAGCCUCCCCUCCCCUUGAAGAUGAGGACCGGGGACUAGGAGACAGUUUGCCCAACACCACUAGUUCGUCUCAAACUAGCCUGUCGGCCCUGCCCACAGCAGCUUUCUCUGGUAACACCCCACAACAGAGCCCCAUAGCCAUCAGACCGCCGCCUGCAGACAUGGAGGAUCCUUUGCUACAUCGAUUGGUGCCACUACAAGGGUCAGAAAAAUCCCUAAAGAAGAGCUUUGAUUUGUUCGACGAGUACCUGGAUGUGCGGAUUCAUAACAAGUUUUUCAGAAUGAUUGGAGUCAGCGACAACCACAUUCGGAUUGCAGAGAAUGGAGCCCCCGUUGACAAAGUGUAUGAACUGCUGAAGAACUGGAUGCAGAGGCAGGGCCUUAAAGCCGACAUCAACGACCUGUUAGAGGCUUUGCUAAGUAUGGACCAGCGGCGCUCGGCUGAGAGCAUCGCCUCCGCAGCCCUGCAGAGAGGCUACUACAAGCACGCAGACGCUCCCUGAAGCUGAAGUAACAGCGACUGUAAAUGAAGCAAACACAAAAUACUUAACACAAAAAAACUAAAAGCACAUAGACACGGUCGGUGGACAUUGUGUUACGAACGGGGCUUACCUCUCCGUGGCGGACUGGCCACGUAUCCAAAAGCCAGUAGUUUUUAAAAAGAAAAAACACAAAAAGGCGAAGGUCGAGUUGUAUUUAUCAGAGCUCUGAACAUGUUGACUACUUGCCAAAUGCGGAGGUGUAACAAUGAAAAUGAAGAAAAUGUUUCGUGGUCAAAUUGAACAACCUUACCGCCAAAGACAACCAAUGAUAAUGUGUUCUCAAAGAGCAGAUUAACACCAAGGUGUCUGCGUCCACAGGCAGAAACGGCUGCAUGUUUUAGGCUCCAAUGAAGAAACAUGCAUCUAAAUACUGAAAGUUUAGAAGUCUCUGGGCGCGUGUCACACAUCUGGUCCUCUACCCAGAUCACAAUACACUACCUGGAGACGAGGAUAUACACUGGUUUGGAGUGGCAUUAGCUAUGCCGCUAAUACUGUGCCUCUUUGAUGCACUGACCUCUGGCACAUGUGGUAUUUGAAACAAUUCUAUAUUUGUUCUUUUAUAGAUUUAGGCUUCUCUGAAACCUUAUGUACCAGUUCAUGAACAUUUUCUUGACUAAUAGUAGGAAAAGAUCGUCUAUUUGUUAUGACGGUCAAUCUGUAGCCUUACUAAUAAGUUUUACCACUUCAGUGCCAUUUGAUCAUCUUAAUGUAUUUAGCUAUCAUGAUUUCAUUAAGUUCAUAGAGCAUAAUGAUUCAAACAUGUUGUAGAUUUUCUACAAUCAAGUCACAUUGGAGAAAUGUUUUCAGUCUUUGACGUCCGGCCUUUUGUGUGUUCAGUGUUACUACACACACACACACACACACACACACAACAUUAUAGAAGGACUUUUACAAGUUUCUUUCUGUUGGAACAAUAGUUUAGUCAAAUGUUUCCAUGGAGAACUUCAACUGUCAUUUUUAUUUAUUGACAUAUUUAUUGUAAUGAAUAAUAAUUCACUUUUAUUAUUUAUACCAUUAC